GUACCAUACAAUAGUAAGUAUCACUCUUUACACUUCAGAGCUACCUUCUUACAAUCCUCUUAGAACAUAUUGGUUUUUAUUAGAACAUCAAGGAAGAAGACACUGAAAGAAAUCCGUAACAAUGGUUUCCUUAAAAUACGUCGUAUUUUCCUUACUAAUGAUGAUGCUAGUGCACCAUUAUGCUGAAUCUAUGGAAGUUUUAAGGCAGUCUAACGUACAAAGAGAUUCAUCAGAUAAAGAACGAAGUUAUUCAUCAGAGUCAAGUGAAGAAGAAGAACAUGAACAAGAAAAUGAAGACAGGAAUCAAGUACCAGAACAACGUUGUGGAUCAGGUAAUGCAGGUGGUGCAGGUGGUACAGGUGGUGCAGGUGGUACAGAUGGUACAGAUGGUACAGGUGGUGCAGGAUCAAAUAUGUUAUACAGGAACUGGAAGUAACCGAAAGGCUACUAAUUCAGAGUG